AUGUGCAACAGACGUGGCAGUACAUGGCCCGGUGGUGAUGGCUACCUGAUCCAACACCGAGCACUUACACAAGCCUCUUUCUGUUGGCAGCAGCUGAGCACUGAGGGAGUGGGCGGCUUCCUCUCCUCUGACUGCCAGCAGGCUAGCAAGCAAGCUAAUUGCAACCUAGCUGCCGUCCGUCGACUCCUAGCUGAGCAGCUAGCUGUCAGUCUGGCUAGUUUGCUAAAUGCAACAUCUCUGAUGAAAGUGAAGAAUCAUGGAGGGAAUCCACUUAGCAUUGAUUCAAUUCAAGCUCACGAUUUCUUGACUAAUUCUCGACCCAAGAGGAACAUUGACCCAAAGUGGCACCGAGGCACUCCUGAUUUUCAGUCCUACUACCGCUUCUACAACAGCAUUGGGCACAUUGAAGGACUUUAUGAGAUUGACAGAAUCAGGAUGCUCUAUCAGCAGAUGCGUCACUUAGAAUUGGUCUAUGGGCCAGAUGCCUCCAGUUACCAAAAUAUGCUUGGUGUACAGACAACCACCGCAGCACUAACUACUACCACCGUGCCCCCUCCACCUCCCACCACCCCUGCUCCUACACCAGACCCUCUAGAGCAUGCUCAGAGGAUCUAUCUGUGUAACCCCAAAGACCCACUGUGCAAACCUCAGAUUGUCUACAUGCCAACAGGGGCUGUUCCAGUACUGUGCGAUCCACGACACAACCCUGCCUGCAGACCCAAAACAGAGGAGGAGAUUAAAGCUGCUGCUCCUCCAUCACCACCACCAGCCCCUCCUGCUCCUAAAAAGACUGUUCCACCUCCACCACCCCCUGCUGCCACUGCUAAAGGUAUGGAGUAUGACUGCGACCCAUACUGGGAUCCUGAUUGCCUCAUCGACCACCCUCCCCGCCCUAUCCAGGAAACAUCAGCACCAGAGGCACCAGCUGAAGAGAAAGAGGUGAAAGAGGAAGUAGCUAAAGUUGAGGAAAGUGUCGCCACUGCAGCCACAGAGAAAUCCCUCAACCCUUACUUUGACCCUUAUGAUUUCAAACGUGACCUUUUUGAUCCCUUCAAUUAUGCCGAUCCAGCUCCUGAGCAAGAGUAA